AUGCAGCCAGAAGCUUCACCCCAAGCGGCAAGCAUGAGAAACACAUUCACCGUGGGGAGCGCGGCGUGGACUGGUGCCACGGAGCACACCGACGAGUAUGCGGAGCGCAUCGUACAGUUUCUCAAGUACACGGACGAAAGCGCGCUGUGUGACUACGCCUCUGGGCUUCGCAACGGCAUCGACUGCACCGUGUGCCCCGAGUUCGCCGUCGGCAGCAACCACAUGGUGCGGAAGCUGCGCUUCGAGGACGGCAAGGAGUGGGUGGCCCGGAUGCGCAUGCCGCCUAUCUGGGGUGAUGAUGAUCUGGGCUCCGGCGCCAUGAACGUGGCCAUGAGCUCCGAGCUCGCAACAAUGGCCUUUGUACGGCAAAACACGGACAUCAAGGCGCCUCAGGUUCACGGCUUCGACCUCGACAUUGACAACGAUGUCGGCUGCGUCUUCGUGCUCAUGGACUACAUACCCGGAAGCACGGCAGAAGCCGUCUCCAGGCUGUACAACCCGGGCGAUGACGAGGGCGCCAUCCCAGCACAGUUCCGGGACCGGUUCUGGCGACAGCUGGCGGGCAUCAUGGCGCGCCUGGCAUCGGUGCGCCUGCCCAAGAUCGGAUCCAUCUACCGCGAGAGCAGCAACCCGGGCGCGUUCGCGACCGGUCCCAUCGCUGAGACGCUAUCCGGCCCGUACGACUCGGCGGCCGCCUUUUACCUCGACUACCCGCUGAGGCUGGCACGCCGGCUCGCCAUCGGCAAGCCGGCACUGGAGGGCCAGGACGCUCUGCUGCGGGCGUUUACGCGCGUGGUGGCGGCGUCCUUCAUCCGGCCGACAAGAAGCGUGGACGAGGAGGGAGCGGAAGAUGAAGAGGAUGAGUGUGGCGGCUUCGGGCUGGCGAAUUACGGCCUGGGCCCGAGCAACGUGCUGGUGGACGCCGAAUUCAACAUCCUGGGCGUCAUCGACUGGGGCUCGGUCAUGGCGCUGCCAGAGGCGGCGCUGCACCGGUUCCCACGGCGGAUGGGCGUCGACGCAGCGAUCCCGGGGUGGUCAGGCGAGGACGCCGACGUCUCCGAGGUGGAGCGGGAGAGGUGGGAUCGCGGGCAUCGCUUCGCCAAGGCGGUGGAGAGGCAGGCACGGCACGACGAGGACGAUGACUGCGUCGUGUUCCCGUUCACGGCGGCGGGAUUCUACUCGCGCGAGGCCGUGGCGUUUCGGGCGCUGGCGGAGAUGCGCAGCAGGCAAGGGGCGCGCGUGAGCGAGGCCUGGGUAUGGGGCUUGGACUGGCUGGCAGAGCACAACGACGAGGAGCUGGCGCGGUUCUACGCGGAUAAUUGA